CUCUUGAGCGGGGCUAAAAGGAGCGGAAAGGUAACUGCACCCAGAGCUGCGCCUGACUAGGCUGAGCGGGGUUCCCCCACGUCCUCCGCGCGUGUCUGGCGGCGUGCUUUGCGCCAAGGACCCGCGGGUGCCUGGGAAGCUGCACGUGCCGGACAGCUGCCCGCCGAGUGCCCGUUUGUCGUCGCCUUGCGGAGGCCGCGCCCCUGGCCGUGUCGCUUUCUGGCUUCGCCCGUGGCCGUCACCUGUGGAGAGCGCGUCCUCCGCGCUGCGGCCCCUGGGCGGGAGGGAGAGCUGGCGCCAUGUCCCCCGCGCUGCAGGACCUGCCGCCAACCGAUGUGCCGUUCCUGUCCUAGCAUGAGUGAGGCUGAGAGCUUUCAGCUUUAUAUGUAGGCUGUUUCCCCUGCUCACUGGACUUUGUGGAGAUAGGAAGAAGACUCUUCAGGAUGAGAUAGAAGCCAUUCUGCAGAAGAGAAUUAUGGUGCUAGAUGGAGGGAUGGGAACUAUGAUCCAGCGGUACAAGCUGAGUGAAGAAAGCUUUCAAGGUCAAGAGUUUAAAGAUCAUGCCAGGCCACUGAAAGGAAACAAUGACAUUUUAAGUAUAACUCAACCUGAUAUCAUUUACCAAAUUCAUAAGGACUACUUGCUGGCUGGGGCAGAUAUCAUUGAAACAAAUACUUUCAGUAGCACCAGUAUUGCCCAAGCUGACUAUGGCCUUGAACACUUGGCCUACUGGAUGAACAAGUGCUCUGCAGGUGUGGCCAGAAAAGCUGCUGAGGAGAUAACACAUCAGACAGGAGUCAAGAGGUUUGUGGCCGGAGCUCUGGGUCCAACUAAUAAGACGCUGUCUGUGUCCCCAUCUGUGGAAAAACCAGAUUUUAGGAACAUCACAUUUGAUGAGCUUGUUGAAGCAUACCAUGAGCAGGCCAAAGGACUUUUGGAUGGAGGGGUUGAUAUAUUACUUGUUGAGACCAUUUUUGAUACUGCCAAUGCUAAGGCAGCCUUGUUUGCACUCAAGAAACUUUUUGAAGAGGAUUAUACUCCCCGACCUGUCUUUAUUUCAGGGACCAUUGUUGAUAAAAGUGGGCGGACUCUUUCUGGACAGACAGGGGAGGCAUUUGUCAUCAGUGUUUCUCAUGGAGACCCACUCUGCAUUGGAUUAAAUUGUGCUCUGGGAGCAACUGAAAUGAGACCUUUCAUUGAAACAAUUGGAAAAUGUACCACUGCCUAUGUCCUUUGUUAUCCCAAUGCAGGUCUUCCCAACACUUUUGGUGACUAUGAUGAAACACCCUCCAUGAUGGCCAUGCAUCUAAAGGACUUCGCUAUGGAUGGCUUGGUUAAUAUAGUUGGUGGAUGCUGUGGUACAACACCAGAUCAUAUCAGGGAAAUUGCUGAAGCUGUGAAAAAUUGUAAGCCUAGGGUUCCACCUGCCAAUGUUUUUGAAGGACAUAUGUUACUGUCUGGUCUAGAGCCCUUCAGGAUUGGACCAUAUACCAACUUCGUUAACAUUGGAGAGCGCUGUAACGUGGCAGGAUCCAAGAAGUUUGCUAAACUCAUCAUGGCAGGAAACUAUGAAGAGGCGCUGAGUGUUGCCAAAGUGCAGGUGGAAAUGGGAGCCCAGGUGCUGGAUGUCAACAUGGAUGAUGGCAUGCUAGACGGUCCAAGUGCAAUGACCAAAUUUUGCAACUUCAUUGCUUCCGAGCCUGACAUUGCCAAGGUGCCCUUGUGUAUUGACUCUUCCAAUUUUGCUGUGAUUGAAGCUGGGUUAAAAUGCUGCCAAGGGAAGUGCAUAGUCAAUAGCAUUAGUCUGAAGGAGGGAGAAGAGGACUUCUUGGAGAAGGCCAGGAAAAUUAAGAAGUUUGGAGCUGCUGUAGUAGUCAUGGCUUUUGAUGAAGAAGGCCAGGCGACAGAAACAGACGUCAAAAUCAGUGUGUGCACUCGAGCCUACCAUCUGCUUGUGAAGAAAGUGGGCUUUAAUCCAAAUGACAUCAUCUUUGAUCCCAACAUCCUCACCAUUGGUACUGGGAUGGAAGAGCACAACUGGUAUGCCAUCAAUUUUAUCCAUGCAACCAAAGUCAUUAAAGAAACACUGCCUGGAGUCAGAAUAAGCGGAGGUCUUUCCAAUUUGUCCUUCUCCUUCCGAGGAAUGGAAGCCAUUCGAGAAGCAAUGCAUGGGGUUUUCCUGUACCAUGCAAUCAAGUUUGGUAUGGACAUGGGGAUAGUGAAUGCAGGCAACCUCCCAGUGUAUGAUGAUAUCCAUAAGGAACUCCUCCAGCUCUGUGAAGACCUCAUCUGGAAUAAAGACCCUGAAGCCACUGAGAAGCUCUUACGCUAUGCCCAGACUCACGGCAAAGGAGGGAAGAAAGUCAUCCAGACCGAUGAGUGGAGGAAUGGCCCCAUUGAAGAGCGCCUGGAGUACGCCCUCGUGAAGGGCAUUGAAAAAUAUAUUAUUGAAGAUACUGAGGAAGCCAGGUUAAACCAGGAAAAAUACCCCCGACCUCUGAAUAUAAUUGAAGGACCCCUGAUGAAUGGCAUGAAGGUUGUUGGUGAUCUUUUUGGAGCUGGAAAAAUGUUUCUGCCUCAGGUUAUAAAGUCAGCUCGGGUCAUGAAGAAGGCUGUUGGUCACCUUAUCCCGUUCAUGGAAAAAGAAAGAGAGGAGAACAGAGUGAUUCAUGGUGCAGUAGAAGAAGAGGACCCUUACCAAGGCACCAUUGUGCUGGCCACUGUUAAAGGCGAUGUGCACGACAUAGGCAAGAACAUAGUUGGAGUGGUCCUUGGCUGCAAUAAUUUCAGAGUUAUUGAUUUAGGAGUCAUGACUCCUUGUGAUAAGAUCCUGAAAGCAGCUCUUGACCACAAAGCAGAUAUAAUUGGCCUGUCAGGACUCAUUACUCCUUCCCUGGAUGAAAUGAUUUUUGUUGCCAAGGAAAUGGAAAGAUUAGCCAUAAAGAUUCCAUUGUUGAUUGGAGGAGCAACCACUUCGAGAACCCACACAGCAGUUAAAAUAGCUCCAAGAUACAGUGCACCUGUAAUCCAUGUCUUGGAUGCAUCCAAGAGUGUGGUGGUGUGUUCUCAACUGUUAGAUGAAAAUCUAAAGGAGGAAUACUUUGAAGAAAUCCUGGAAGAAUAUGAAGAUAUUAGACAGGACCAUUAUGAGUCUCUCAAGGAGAGGAAAUACAUACCCUUAAGUCAAGCCAGAAAAAAUGGUUUCCACAUUGAUUGGCUGUCUGAACCUCCCCCAGUGAAGCCCACAUUUAUCGGGACCCGGGUCUUUGAAGACUAUGACCUGCAGAAGCUGGUGCACUACAUUGAUUGGAAGCCUUUCUUUGAUGUCUGGCAGCUCCGGGGCAAGUACCCGAAUCGAGGCUUUCCCAAGAUAUUUAACGACAAGACAGUAGGUGAAGAGGCCAGAAAGGUGUAUGAUGAUGCCCAGAAUAUGCUAAACAUACUGACUAGUCAGAAGAAACUCCAGGCCAGAGGUGUGGUGGGAUUCUGGCCUGCGCAGAGCAUCCAAGACGACAUUCAUCUUUAUGCGGAGGAUGUGGUACCCCAGACCUCGGAGCCCAUAGCCACUUUCUGUGGUUUGAGGCAGCAGGCCGAGAAGGACUCUGCCAGCACAGACCCUUACCACUGUCUCUCGGACUUCAUUGCUCCUCUGCAUUCUGGGGUCCGUGACUACAUAGGCCUGUUUGCCGUCGCCUGCUUUGGGGUGGAAAAGCUGAGCAAAGCCUAUGAAGAUGACGGUGACGACUACAGCAGCAUCAUGGUCAAGGCUCUGGGGGACCGACUGGCAGAGGCCUUCGCAGAGGAGCUCCACGAGAGGGUUCGCAAAGAGCUGUGGGCCUACUGUGACAGUGAGCAGCUGGGCAUCGCAGACCUGCGCAGGCUCCGGUACGAGGGCAUCCGGCCAGCUCCUGGGUACCCCAGCCAGCCUGACCACACUGAGAAGCUCACCAUGUGGCGACUGGCCAGGAUUGAGGAGUGCACAGGCAUUAGGUUAACAGAGUCCUUGGCCAUGGCACCUGCCUCAGCAGUUUCAGGGCUCUACUUCUCCAACUUGAAUUCCAAAUAUUUUGCUGUGGGGAAAAUUUCCAAGGAUCAGAUUGAGGAUUAUGCUUUGAGGAAGAACAUGUCUGUAGCUGAGGUGGAGAAGUGGCUUGCACCUAUUUUGGGAUAUGAUACAAACUAACUUCUUUUUCCAAAAAAACUUCUCUAUACUUGCUGACCUCAAGGAGAUAGGAGCCAGAGUGCCUUAAAAAUAACAACAAAAGACUCUCCUGUUUCUGGUUGAAGUGGCCCUACUUCUGGUUUUGGAAGACUGUCUCGUAGGUUACCAUAGAAGAGCAGGCCUUCCUGUGAUCCUGGAAAACAAGUGCUGCUUUUCAGGGAUACUGAAUGAGGAGCAGUGAGACUCCAGGGGCAUCCCUGGUCCCUAGGGGACUGGGACAAAAUGGCAACAGAAGUCUUUUGCAUUUCAAAGCAAGUCAACUUGCUUUUUUCCAUUUUUACCUUGGAUCCAGGAGGGCAAGGAAUCCUCUUUUUUUUCCACCUCUCCUCCUAGAAAAAAAGCCUGAAGCGCAGUUAAAUAGAGAAACUUUCAUAGAGACAUGUGAUCCUGUGGCAAAGUGUCACCAUGAGAAAUGGGGCAUGUUAGUCUAAAUGGUUCCAACAGUAGACUCUGAUGGGGAAGAAAGUGUAUCUGUCUCCUUUGGAAGACUUCAUUUUGUAAGACUCAAUUUAAGGUUUGUAGUUUCCUUUUGGCAAAAGGCAUGUUCUCACUGGUUUCCUGUCAGAAAUACUCGAACUGUUUGCCUUGCUGUGACCAGUACAGUUGUACUACCUGAGAUUUUUAGGUCCUUCCACAGUGUCAUAAUCCCUCGCCCCAAGAGGGAAAAAAGGAAGUGAGGAAGUGCUUUUAGAGUCGAGCAGGCUGUGGUGACCUGUGCAGAGUUGGAGCAAUGGAGGGCUUAAUGCUACUCAAGUCUUGCCUUUCUGGACUGCCCCAACUCCAAACCUGUAUGGGUUAGUAACAGCACAGUUGCUUUGUUCUGGAUUAUUUUGGGGAAAAUAGUUAAGAACCUUGGCUUUGGAAUCAGACUUGCAUGGAUUCACACUUCAGCUUUGCUGAUUAAAUGCUGUGUGACACAGACAAAGAACCGUCCCCAUUUUACUGCUUAUUCUGCUGCCUACUAAGGAGACUGGUUUGUGGGGUGGUGGUUGAGAUCACUCUCUCUCUUUUGAGCUACUCUGCAAGCUCCCGCCUUCCAUUCAUGGUGAAUUCAUAUAAAAAAGAGUCUCCUUUUCCCCCUUCUUUCAGGUUUACCUCUAAUGAGUACUUGGGUGCCUGCCAUGUGCCAGCCAUUUCCUCCUGCCAUCCUCUCCUUAAUUUGAUGAAGUUAGGUUGAUGUAGGUGUGUUUGUGUGUGUGUGUGUGUGUGUGUGUGUGUGUGUGUGUGUGUGUGUUUUCCCAUCUUUCCUGCCACUAAUGACCUCUUUAAUUGUUACUCCCAGCCAGCACUUGGGAGGCUAAGGUAGGAGGAUGGCUGUGAGUUUGAGGUCAGCUUGGGUUACAUAGUGAGACCCUGUCUCAAAAAACAAAAGAAAACACAAAACAAUUCUUUAAAAAAAUUAUUAGAUCCAAUGACCUUUCCUUUUUGGAUAGUAUUGACUUCUUCAAAACUCUUCUUACCCUAGUUCCCCUUUGACAUGACUCUGCAUUUAUGAUCAUUUCCAUUUAUGGCCUCCAUUUAUGAUCACUUCUCAACCGUUUUCUCUAACUCUGCCUACUUAAAUUCUCAUGUUUCUGAGGGUCUCUCUUUGUUGCCUUGUUAGGCUGUACAGUUUCAGUGGUGAUUUCAUUCAGUUGGAACUUCGAGGUCCCUCCCGGAGACUCCUGUCUCAUGAAGAACAUAGCUGUAUGUUCAGUUCCUUCAGGAGGACAUGCAAGCAUCUUAUACCCUUUGUGCUCCAUAGAUGCUUCUCUUUUUAAUCCCAGUGUAGUCAGUGAUGAGUGGUGCUGCCACCCAAGCAGCAGACCUCAAGCUCACUGCAUAUUCUUUUUCUUUGGGCUGUUACAGUUUUUUAAAAAAACUUAGCACCUAAAAGCUGCACUUCUCUUACUUUAGAUGGGAUGGUGAUGGACGCACUCAGGGAAGGCAGUGACUGAGUCCUGACUUAGAACUGAAAGAUAAAGGUAGAGCAGCAAGGGAAGGACAAAUGAACAGCUGCCUUUGUGUAUGAAUGGAAUGUUGAAGGCUCUCAAGACAUCAAAGUUUUCCAAAUUGAUCUACGUCUUCAGUGCCAUUUCCAACAGAGUUUGUUAAAUAUAAGCAGAUACUUAAGCAGCUUAUGUUAAACAUUAGAUACUUGCUAUACAUGGAGUAGCAAAGGACUGAGAAUAGUUGGAUGCUUCUAAAACUGAAGGAGUUUAGAGGAAUUGGCCUACAACAUACCAAGUUCUAUUAUACAGAGAGUAUCGUAUGUGUACAGAGGUGGCUUUCUGAACAAUGCAAGGAAACAGAGCGCCCAGAAACCAGGCCAAACAUGUUGACCUUUGAGUCUAGACAGUGGUGAUAUGGAAGCUCAUUUGGGACGGGAAGGAGUAGGGAAGCAAUGCAAGAGCAAUGUUUAUUCAUUUAGGAACAAGGGAAGCUGAUUAUUGCCUCAUACCUUACUCAGCAUUCAUUCCAAAUAUGUAAAGAGCUUUAACAGAAAAGGAAAAAUAGGGAAUGUCUGCAGGAGAGUAAACAAAACAUGCAGGAAAGAAUCUCUUGAGACAGCACUAAUCAUAAAAAAUGAUAAAAUAUGAAUAUUACAUCAGGCCUACCAAAACUAAGGACUUAUGUUAAACAAACAAUUGAAGUGAAAAGACAAGCCACAACCUGAGGAGGUAUCUUUGUAAUACAAAUAACUGAGAAAGGAUCAGUAAUCAGAAUAUGUAGAGGAUUUCUAUUUAAAAAUAUAGAAAAGACCCAGGGCUUUCACAUUGGGCUUACAGACAAAUAGAAAGCAUCAGUGAUCAGGGAAGUAUGAAUUAAAAUCACAUUACAUCUGUAAGAUUUGCACAAAUUGGGCCUGACAGAACCAGUUGUUAAAGAGGAUAUGUUGGCACUCGUAGACUGUGUGUGUGUCGCAUGGUGCCACUGCUUAAGGAAACAACUGCAGUCCUGGCUUCCACGUGCAGUCACAUACUCGGUAAAGCCCUGUGCUUUGAUGUGUUCAGGAAUGUGCAACCAUGUUCAUAGUAAUAUAUUUGUUAACUGGAAAAGAAUGGAAUAUCUGUCUACAGAAGAAUGGAGUCAUAAAUUAGAUACAUUUAUCCUAAAGGGAUAGUAUUCUGUAGUGAAUGAGUUGCCCCUAUACUCACUAUAAGAAUGAAUCUCAGAAAAAAAAAUGAAUCUCAGAAAAUACUAAUGGAAAAAAUGAGUUCUAUGAGAGCUUGUGUGAUAUGGUACUAUUUUUAUUUAGCUCAUAAAGAAAACCAAAGGAUAUAUUGUCUAAAUAUGAGUAUGUGAUAAACUAUAUUAUAAAUGGUUUAGAAGAAAAGUAACAGAAUAAGCCAAAAUUUAGCUUAGUGAUUACCUGUGGAGGGAAAAUAAAAAGGAAGAGAGAAAUACAAUGGUAUGUGAAAGUUCUGAGGAACAUUCUAAUUCUUGGGUGGGAGGGCUGUGGGUAUUUACUAUGUAUGGUAUUUUGCUUUAUAACAUACAGUUUUGUAUAUCUUAACAUGAUAUGUUAAUACAUGUAUUAAGUAUGUUGUAAAAAAUAAAGACAAAGUGAAAUGAUAA